GUUCCUGGAAUCCCAGGCAGCCCGGCGCUGGGCAAACAGGGCAAAGGUGAGGCACCGAGCGCCGCGGGACCAUGAGGCUGCUGCUCUUCCUGGGCUUGCUGUGCGGCUGGGCGGCCGCCGCCCCGGGCCCUGCGUGGUCGCAGCCCCUGUUCGGCCGCCUGGCGUCCCCCGGCUUCCCCGGGGCCUACGCCAACCACCAGGAGCGGCGCUGGGCCCUGACGGCGCCCCCCGGCUACCGCCUGCGCCUCUACUUCACCCACUUCCACCUGGAGCUCUCCUACCUGUGCGAGUACGACUUUGUCAAGCUGAGCUCAGGGACCGAGGUGCUGGCCACGCUGUGCGGCCAGGAGAGCACGGACACCGAGCGGGCCCCGGGCAACGACACCUUCCGCUCGCCGGGCUCCAGCCUGGACGUCACCUUCCGCUCCGACUACUCCAACGAGCAGCCCUUCACGGGCUUUGAGGCCUUCUAUGCGGCAGAGGACAUCGACGAGUGCCAGGUGUCCCCGGGAGAGGCCCCGCCCUGCGACCACCACUGCCACAACCACCUGGGUGGCUUCUACUGCUCCUGCCGCCAGGGCUACGUUCUCCACAGGAACAAGCGCACCUGCUCAGCCCUGUGCGCAGGUCAGGUCUUCACCGGCCGGUCGGGGGUGCUCAGCAGCCCUGAAUACCCGCAGCCGUACCCCAAACUCUCCAGCUGCACCUACAGCAUCCGCCUGGAGGAGGGCUUCAGCAUCGUCCUGGACUUCGUGGCGCCCUUCGACGUGGAGUCGCACCCCGACGCCCUGUGCCCCUACGACUCCCUCCAGGUCCGAACAGACAAAGAGGAAUAUGGGCCGUUUUGCGGGACGACGUUGCCCCGGAGGAUUGAGACCCAGAGCAGCGCCGUGGCCAUCAGCUUUGUGACCGAUCAGUCGGGGGAGCACGCGGGCUGGAGGAUCCGCUACAGCAGCUCGGCUCGGCCCUGCCCCAGUCCCGUGGCGCCGCCUAACGGCCGCAUCGCCCCCGUGCAAGCCGAGUACGUGCUGGAGGACCGCGUGGCCGUGUCCUGCGACCCCGGGUACGAGCUGCUCCGGGGUUCCUCGGCCCUGGAAUCCUUCACCGCCGUGUGCCAGAGGGACGGGUCCUGGGACCAGCCGCCGCCGCGCUGCAGCGCCGUAGACUGCGGCCCUCCCGACGACCUGCCCGCCGGCCGCGUGGAGUUCCUCACAGGCCCCGGGGUGACCACGUACGGAGCGGGGAUCCGCUACCACUGUGACGGGAGCUUCUACGCCAUGACCGCGGGCGACGGUAAAUAUGUGUGUGAGGCUGAUGGAUUCUGGACGAGCUCCAAAGGAGAAAAAUCGCCCCCAGUCUGUGAGCCCGUCUGUGGAGUAUCCACUCGCACCACAGAAGGUCGUAUAUACGGAGGGCAGAAGGCCAAGCUGGGGGACUUUCCCUGGCAAGUCCUGUUGCUGGGCCGGACUACGGCAGCGGGCGCCCUCCUGCGGGACAACUGGAUCCUAACCGCGGCCCACGCGGUGUAUACACAGAAGGCAGCUGCCUCCUCCUUGGACAUCAGGAUGGGUGCCCUGAAGAGACUGUCGGCUCAGUACACCCAGGCCCGGGCCGAGGCCAUCUUUAUACACGAAGGCUACACUCCUGAUGCUGGCUUUGACAACGACAUAGCACUGAUUAAGUUGAAGAACAGAGUUGUAAUCAAUAGCAACGUCCUGCCUAUCUGUCUGCCAAGAAAGGAAGCGGAAUCCUUCAUGAGGUCAGAGGACAUUGGAACCGCAUCUGGAUGGGGAUUGACCCAGAGGGGUUUUCUUGCCAGACACCUAAUGUUUGUUGACAUACCAAUUGUCGACCAUCAGAAAUGUACCGCUGCGUAUGAAAAGCUGUCCUACCCGGGGGGGAGGGUCACGGAGAACAUGCUUUGCGCUGGCUUAGAAGGUGGGGGCAAGGACAGCUGCAGAGGGGACAGUGGGGGGGCAUUAGUGUUUCUAGACAAUGAGACACAGAGAUGGUUUGUGGGAGGAAUAGUGUCCUGGGGUUCCACUAAUUGCGGGGAAGCCAAUCAGUAUGGGGUGUAUACCAAAGUCAUUAACUAUAUUCCCUGGAUCGAGAACAUAAUUAAUAAUUUUUAAUUUGUAUGUCUGCAUAAUCAAUUGAUUUAAUCAACCAAUUCUUUAGUUAAAACAUCCCUGUAAACGAUCUUGGCAGCACUGUGACCGGAGAGACGUGAACACCCCCGACCACCCUACGGGCCAGACGGUCAUCACAGGUGCUCCUCACCUGCCAGUUUUCCCACCCCACCCCCACUCUUUGAUCCAAGGGGAUACAAACGAUUAAGUGGCAUCACCUUCCCCAAUCCAACAGAAACUCACUGGUUAAAUCUGCAUUUACUUACUUACAAAGUCCAGUCUUUUGUACCGGAUAUCUACAUUUCUAUAAACCACCUGUUUGUGUUCUCUACUUCUCCACCAUUUGGGGCUGCUUCUCACUGAUCUCUAACAUGGCUUUGUGUAUUAUAGCAGUAUUGGCGCAGGAAUAACCUUGGAUGGUGAUUUUUUUUUUUUUUUUAAAUUGGAAACAUCUAUACUUUAAGCUUAGGUAUUGAUCGACUCCCAGGUUUAAAAACCAGUAUCACAAAUUGGUGAGAUACAAUUUUUCACUCCUCAAAUUGGCAGACGAAGAGAACAUGGAACAGCACUAUUUCGCAUUGUUAAAGAACAUCUUCUAAAGGACAAUCUGGCAAUAGAUCUGAAAAGCCUUGACAGCAUGCAUGGUCUCUGACCUAGUAAUUCCAAUGUUAAUAAUUUAAUUUAGCUGGGAGGAUGUUCGUGGUGCUUGGAAAUAACCUAAAUAAUGUUCACAUACAGAAGACAGCGGAAUCAAAUGUGGCAUUUCCUUAAGAAGAAACACAUCAGAAUUAAAUGGUGAUAUUAUUAUAGGUAGAUCUAGUGGGUUUUUCUCCCCUCUUACAAUAAACAUGGAAAUACUUGGGCACGCUUAACAACAACAGCACAAAUCAUACAACAGCUGAGUAGAGAACUCACACAGCGAAGAGCUACUCACCUAGUACUCAACAACAAAGGACUCUAAUUAUCACAUACAUCAUCCUUUUUCCUAAGGACACAAUUUAGGUUCUGGUUUAACCUUUAAGAUCUCAUGUCACUUUCAGUGGAUGUUCCCUGGACAAGUUUUAAUAGGUGACCUUCAACAAAGGGUUUCAUUCUAGCCAAAUAAUUACCACUCAUGUAAAAAUUCAUCGUGAGUUUUGGCCCAAUUUCUGUUGUGCACGUUAAAGGUAACUUUCCAUCACCUUUGUCACAUAUAAAAAAGAAAUUGUUUUUUUUUUUUUUUUUCCAGUAAGACUCCAGACACUAAACUGUGGUGGCAACAAAUUUUUUAUUCAACGGGUUCAAAAAAAUCUUGAGAAUGAAUGCAUUGAGAUGACCAAAUAGACUUUUAAAAACAAA